AUGAGCCAGCUCGCCAACACUUCACAUGUGGGGUUCGCUCCAGUGGUCGGGUUCGAUUAUUCGUCAUGGUACUCAUCUUGCGUUAUAACCGGCGUACUUGUAGCGCUGGUUGUGUACAGCAUGCGGGACAAGUACCAAGAUCUGCCACAUGCGAAUCCGAACAAAUUUACCGAGUUGACUACUUCUAGAACCCGUGCUGAGUUCCUUGUUAAUGCUCGAAGAGUUAUGGAUCGCGCGGCCCCAUUCAAGGACAAGCCAUACCGGGUUAUGACGGACAAUGGCCCUCAGCUCGUCCUCCCUCCCAGGUAUGUUGAGGAGCUGAAGGGCAGCAUGGACCUCAGUUUCAAUAAAGCGAUUACGGAAGUCGGCCAUGGCUACCUCCCGGGCUUGGAACCAAUUGGAGGGCCCCUGGAACUACCAAACGUCGUUAGUAAACACUUGACCAAAAAGCUGAGUUUUGUGACUUCACCCAUAUCAGAAGAAGCUUCCUUGGCUCUUCAGGAUAUUUUCACCGAUUCCAAAGAAUGGACUGAAUUAACCGAGGGCAAGAUCAUGCCUGUCGUCGCUCGAAUGUCAUCACGGGUCUUCAUGGGGCAGGAGCUAUGCAACGACGAAAAAUGGAUCAAAGCCUCUACCCACUACGUGAGGACCGUGUUUAAGCACCGUGGUCAAAUAUCCGCUUGGCCGCGUAUCUUGCGUCCGUUCGCCUACCGGUUCAUGCCGGCCAGUCGUGAGAUACAACAGGCGCUGCAGGCUUGCCGGGACGUGUUGCAACCACACGUGGGCAAGCGGGCUGCGCUCAACAAGGAGGCCGUGGCGCGCGGCGAGCCAAAACCCUAUCAUGAUUCUCUUGAAUGGUUCGCAGCUGAAAUAAAACACGGCUACGACCCGGCAAUUGCUCAAAUAACCAUGAGCCUGGUGGCGAUACACACCACAACGGACCUUCUUACGCAGACCAUGGCGGAUCUUGCAGGGCAUCCCGAAUUGAUUGAGUCACUUCGACGCGAGGUUAUCGAAGUCCUUGGCGCUCAUGGUCUGAAAAAGGCAGCGUUUCAAAAACUGGUCCUAAUGGAUAGCUGUUUCAAAGAAUCUCAGAGGAUGAGACCUACUUUUCUUGCAUUCUUUCUGCGCCAGGCCCUAGUCGACGUUAAACUGAGCGAUGGGUUCGUUAUCAAGAAGGGCACAAAGCUUUUCAUGGAUUCCUCGCCCAUGAUGGACGAAGAGAUCUACCCGGAGCCUCACCGCUACAACCCCUACCGUUUCGUGGAAAUGCGAAAAACCCCUGGCGAGGAGGCCAAGUCGCACUUGAUCAGUGUCAGCGCCAACCAUUUUGGAUUCGGCCACGGAGUCCAUGCCUGCCCCGGUCGCUACUUCGCGGCCAACGAGCUCAAGAUUGCCAUGGCACACAUCCUUCUCAAGUACGAUUGGAAGUUGGCCGAUGGGUGUGAAAACUUACAGCCAAUUACCAUUAGUGUCAGAUAUGCAAACCACCCCAAUCUGAAACUCUUGGUUCGUAGGAGGAAAGAAGAGCUAGAUUUGAAUACGCUUGACUGUUGA